AUGUGGGAGGGUGAGUGGGUGAGGCCGAGCCUGCUGCGCGUGGAGCCUCGAGUGGGCCCUGGCUGCCACUACCGCACAGAGGCCGUGUCGCGCGUGGGCUGGGCCUGGGUGGCCUCUGUCUUUGCAUCUCUGAGAAGGAGUCGGGUGUUCUGUGCCCCACCAAAUGCCCAGGGGCAAGAGGCCACCCUGGAAGCUGCCAAUCUUCCAAGCCCUGCAUCCCAGCUCUGGGGUGUGCAGAGGUUUGUGUCUCCAGGGAACCCACGGCUGGAGAGAAAUAGGGAGAUGCAGGAAGUGGGGGCCCAUGGGGCCCCUAGGAAGCGGACUCUCCAAGGGGUACCCCCACCCCGCUACCUUCCCCACGGACAGGCCCCUCCUGGAGCCCACACCCUCCUGGCUUUUGUGGAAAUUGUCAGCCUCUACGGGCAGAGUCCGGCAUCCCCUCCCCAGACUGCCUGCUGUCAAACCACGGAGCAGCUGGGGCCUGCCCUGUCCACGGCCCAUUUCCACCCGGGCAUGUUCUUUUCCCACUGUCUGAGCCAAGCAGGACCCUGUCCCAGAGCAAGAGAUGUCCCUCCCAUCUCUGACCCUUGCCUGGGACAAGCUUUGAUGGGGGGCCCCAGCUUCAGGGCUGUGGUGGGAACAGCACCCCCAAAUGCCAGCCUCUCCUUUCUUCCCAUCCACCAGUUCACUGUGGGGCCAUUUCUGGUCUUUGUGCAACAGGAAACCCAUUUCUGGUGGGAUAUGCCUUCCAGUGCCACAGGGCCACUCACCCCAUGCAUCUCUGUCCUGCCCGUCAGUGCUGGGACGGACAGCAAGGGCAAGCCCAGUGUCUGGCGGAUAGGUGGGUGGGAACAGAGAGGGGAGAAUGCCGUCCUAAGCCUCUGCUUGGGAAUCCCCCACACGACCUGGGUACUGCCUGGGAAACCUGUCCUAAGUAAAACUAUGGGCCUCGCCUCUCCCACCGGCCUGCGAAGCCAGCAUCUCCAUGAAGGUGGAUGGAAGCGCCUUUGUCCUCAUUUUGAGCUGCAAGCUGGGUCAGCGGCUCUGAAGCCCUCGAGUGACUUUCUAACCCAAGGCCCAGCCCCUGGCAGGAGGAGGGUGGGCGCAGGGCUGGUGGGACAAAAAGAGGCCUCAGCAGGCCUGGCAGACCCUUCCAGUACAUCCCACAGCGUGUCGAGCAGCUGGGAGAACCUGUGUCAAGCUCGAGCCGUCAUAGGUCCCCAUGAGGUGUCUGAAGCCCCUUCUUGGUGAUGGGAGGCAGAGGUGCUGACGUUCUGGAGCAUGGACGUGAGUCCUCAGCUGGCUCCGCGUGGGCCCUUGGAGGGUGCCAGGUGUGUGGUGACCUUCUGGAUGCCUUUAACUUCAUGGCUGCGUCAUUCCUGAUUUAGAACUUUAACCGGAGCUUCAUCUAGUGAUUGCAAAACCGGACCAAUGGGAGGACGGUGGCGCAGCCCGCUCCCUCCGUGGAAUGGAGCUCAGCUCUUCGGAGGCAUCAAAGCACCUGUCGCCUCCGUGGUCCCACUGCCGAGGGAGUGCGGCCUCUGCAAGGUUCGGGGGUGGCUUCGUUUGCCUGGAGUGGCCAGCCCUGCGUGUGCCAUGUGGAUGUUUGUGAGCCUCGGUCCUACAGCACUGUGUAGGCUGCAUCUGUUUCGUGCUGGUCCUGUUGACUGGUAUGAUAUCCACAAAUAAAUAUUUUCAUGGCGGU